AUGCCCAGCCUCAGGGGCAUUGACGUCUCAAUCGUGCCUGGUCCCAAUAUAGAGGGGUUGCCCGAGCUUCCUCACCCAGAGUCCUCCUCUGUCCGACUUCGGGGUCCUCAUGCAGCGAGCCCGAUGUCGUCCACAGGUUGCAGCUUCACCUCGACCCCCGAGAAGUGUAGACCGACAACGUCAGUCUACAUUCCCUCGUCGCCAGGAUCCCAGUUCCAUUUGAGAUACUCAAUCAACAAACCUCCAGCGAAUAGCAAAUUCCUGUAUUUCAAAAUGACCAUGAAUGGCCGUCAGGUAGUUUCCUGGGGUACGAGGUCGCAAGCUGCCCAGAGCCAGAUCGUCAGUCAUGCUUUGUACGAGCCUGAUACCAAGUGGCACUAUCGAGAGUCUGGUGUUACGUACAAACGUGAGGGCGUCGAGAAACGUUUCUUUCACUUUGUGCCGCGCUCCGAAGCCUCGGCUGCCAUGGACGGCGGCCUUAUUGACGUUCAGAUAUUCCGAUCCCACGGACGAAGGAGGAGAGCCCCUCAACUUGGUGACUUUCGCAGUCAAGAUCAGUAUGGCAUUACAUCACCCACCGGUGGCCUUGUUGAGUCACCGCAAGAUCUCACCUUCUAUGACUGGGUCCUCGUCGACCCGGUUGACUCUCCGUUCGCCACAUUUCGUUUUUUCUACCGCACUUGGGAAAACUUGAAGGCGCUGAAUCUUGUGUCAGAGGCGCAUUAUGACGAAUUGAUAGCAUCAAAUGCACAGAGUGAACAACUGCCAAACAGGCCCAUAACGCCAAUUCAUUAUGAGGCUGGACAAGUUACUAGCACUCGAACGAGACCAUUUGACUUCGACUCUGUUGACGGAUUGGUCUUCGAGGACAAUGAUAGGGGCCAGAUCGAAAAGAAGGGGAAGCAGAACAAACCAGCCGUCGAACGAGACUUUUACCUCGAAACGCCACCUGAGCUUACCCCUCCAGUCGCGAAUCGGUCCAGGAUGCCGCAGCCCAGCAAACUAGCGCGAGAGAUUCUGAAAGUGUCAGAACCCCUCCGAACUCUGCCAAUGCGUCCAGAUUCUGAACCCUCGAUCCGCAGCGUGUCAUUAGAAUCGACAAGAGCACCUUCUGUCACACCAUCGCUCUUCCAGUACAUUGAAGAGUCGAGUGGCGGUGAAGAGUUUGAGCUUGGAAUCGCCAGACGGGUGAUGCUGCCCUCCCUGUCUCAAGAGCUCCCUGAGACGGAUCCGCGUCGUCCUCUUCCCUCCCCGCCCUUAGCUCUUCCAGCUUCGUCAUCCGACUACAAUAUGACGCCUCCUUCAACGGGUGGCUUGGAAGUAAACAUUCGGAUCGGGCGGCAAGAAUACAUAGCUGCAGUGCACGCGGAAGCAAUGAGGCUGAGAGGUUCGUCAACCAGUGCCUGGAAUUUUUCGGGGUUUUCCAGUCAGGAGCUCUACGGCGACAGCUCUGACAAUGGCCAAAUGUCAGCUAUCGAGAACCUCGACGACAUGAACCUCUUGGAAGGGGAAUGGCUCAGACGGAGUCCAUCACCUUUGCGUCGCAGGCAUGGCAGAUUGGAUCUCAACAGACGGAAUGCUCGAAAGAUGAAUUAG